AGUGUAUGGAUGGAGAGGAGAGGAGUGACCCCCCAGGGGCGACAGAGCCACCACAACUACACUGUGUGUACCUGCACCAGCCUGGAGGGACCCCUCAGUCUUCUCCACAUAUGGAUGAGGGCAGCCCAGGGAGCAGUGGUGCGGACACCCCCCCAGGAGGAGACUUCAGCCUGUCCUUGGUGGACACAAACCUGCCGGCUGAAGCAGAACCUGAACUCAGGAACUUCAUGGCAAAACGUCUCUCCCGGGGAGCCAUGUUUGAAGGGAUGGGUAACGUGGCUUCUGUGGACCUCAGCAACCCGGAGUGCUCCUUGGGCUGUUACUAUUGUCUGAUCCAGCAGAUGGGAAAUCCUGAGCCAGGAUCACCGUCCUCCGAGCACGUCGUGUGCUUCCUGGGGGGCUCAGAGAAAGGCCUGGACCUAUAUCCUUCCAGCAAUUCCAAUCUUCUGGUGGGAAGGGAAGUGGAAGAUUGGCUGAUGGGUGACCUGGACUCCGACAUCCGGCCUCACCUGAGCAGCUGGUUUGAGGUCUCCAUAUUGCCGAUACAGCGGAUAGUGAGCGUUUUCCAGGAGAAGCUGGCCUACCUGUUACAUGCGGCUCUCAGCUACACUACAGUGGAGGUGACCAACUCUGACGAGAGGACGAAGAACGACAUCAACAGGUUCCUGACUCAGCCAGUCUGCAGGGUUUGGUACAGGAGGGCACAGGACAAUGGCAUCUCUAUGCAUCGCCAUGACUGAGAGACACCAAUCUACAGUCACUGUGGACUCUUCAGAGAGGGACAGCCAGAGCUGUGGGAAUGCAGUCAGCAAUCGCUUCUGUGAGGAUUGGAUGCAAUUAGGACUUCAUCACACUGCUCUGACGCUGGAAGCCCCUUCUUGUUCCGCCAGAAACUGGAGAACUUCAAGUUGAGCAAGCCAUCCAGGACAUGAACAAUCUGAAGCGUCUGAUUCGCCAGGCAGAGAGCAGUCACCACGCCCUUUUCCGCUGUUACAACUUCCUGAAGAAUUGUGGCAAUGGGGACAUCCUGUUACAGAUGGUGAAGGUGGAGCACACUGAGAUGCCGGAAGCCAGCAGUGUGGUCACCGUCCUGGAGGAGUUCAUCCAGGAGGAAGGUCUCUCUGUACAUAGCUCCUGA